AUGCACGUUCUUUACACUAUCCAGGGCCCUCUGAGCGAAACAGCCCGCGAAUCAUUCGACUAUUUAUCAUUCGAUUUUGUCGAGAAACUCACUCUUUCCGAGGCUCUGCUCGUGCACCAAGCGGUUGCAUGGUUCGAUUUCUACACCAAGGGCAAGGGCCAGCUACGUGAAUUCCAGCUCAAGUCUGCUCUGAAGACUCUUGCAGGGGAGAAUGUCGUCGUUCGCGCCGGAACUGGCUAUGGCAAGACGAUGUGCAUGAUUCUUCCUCUGAUACUUGGAAAUCAGUCAAAGAUUGCUUUGACGGUCUCCCCACUCAAGCUACUACAGAAGAACCAUGUCGAGGAUUUCAACCGGGCUGGCAUUCCCUCGAUUCAAAUCAAUGAAGACACUCCCAAUGAUAGAGAACUCUGGAAGAAAAUCGAGGGAGGGUGUUAUAGGAACAUAUUCAUUGCCCCAGAGCAGUUCUUUCGACUCACGAGUGGGCACGUUCCUCGGCUUGCUGCGACCAUGGCUUCCAAUCGAAAAUUCCUCGAGAGUAUUGGCUUCCUCUUCCUGGAUGAAGCACACUUCAUUGUCCUCAGUGGAUUCCGUCAAAAAGGUGAGAAAGAUGCCUUUCGGCCUGCAUAUGCCCGUCUAGGUGAGGUCUUGCCACAUCUCCGCGAGGGAACCCCAAUCCUGCUCCUCUCCGCAACUCUCCCUCCUCCUAUACUCCACACCAUCUUUGACAACCUCCACCUUGACCCGAGCGACACGGUACAGCUAAUGGAGUCCAUAAACCGCCCCAAUCACAUCUAUGCUGUCCACCGCUUGUAUGGUGGUAUCAAAAACCUCAAGAACUUCGACUUUCUGGUCCCACCUGAGGAGAACCCUGAACGACCACCAAAGACAGUCGUGUUUAUUGACAGCCGCCUAUCAGCAGCUCGUGUAGCUGCAUAUCUUCGCUGGCGGUUCCCCGAGUCUAUCAAAUCCAGCAAGAUUGUCUCCCACCUGCAUUCUGUCAUGUCACAGGACUACAUCAACCGCGUUUUUAGUGAGUUCAAGACCUCUGACGAGAUCCGUGUGCUCGUUUCAACAACUGUUGCAUCAAAUGGCAUUGAUGUCUCGGAUAUUGCACGUGUAGUAUGCGUCGGAGCAUCACCCACUUUGGAGCAGAUGCAACAGGAGUUCGGGCGGGGCGGCAGAAAUCCUGCAGUUGAGACUGUGUGUCUCGCUCUUGUGGAACCGUGGGCGUUGAGCGUUGAGGAAAGUGCUGCACCAACAAACAAGGAGAAGCGAACCGAUAUCAGUGUUUGUGAGUACAUGAGCUCACCAACAUGUCGACGCGAGUACCUGCGGAAAAGAAACGCAGAUGACAGCCAACAAGCAUUAAAGUACACAGUGUCCCAUUGCUGCGACAAACACGAUGAUGGCUUCAGCCUAUCGUCGUUUUUCCCGGGCGCUUUUCUCCACGAAGAGCCCACCAAACCCAAGAAGCAGUCGAAAGCUACCCGUGACAAUCGACCAACUUCGCAGCGUGAGCCGCUUCGGGAGCUUAUUCGGACUUGGAGAAGCAAAGCUCGGCUCACCACCUUGUUCACUCGCAUGAUGCCUACGAAUUUCCUCCUCAACAAGCACGAGAUUGAUAGGAUUGUCAAGGCGAGCCCCAUAACCUUUUCUUGCCUCUCCAGUCUCGUUGCAUUCCUUGGAGAGACAACAGAGUGGGAGACGACUUUUGGACAAGGGCUAUACAAUGUCAUCCAGGUGUAUGAUGCUACAGUUCAAGCUGAAAUCCAAGCGAAAAAGAAAACGAAGAAAUCAGCCCCAAGAAAGCAGCCGAGACUCAAGCAAGAAGAGCCUGAACUCGAUAGCAUUCCCCCACCAGCCGCUUACUCACAGCAUUGUAGUGAAUUUCAGCUCAAAGACGAACCAUGGACUCAAGACCCUCACACCUUGGGAUCUCAGACGUUCCUGCAACCUGGACUAUCUGAUUCAGCUCCCCAAGACGCCUCCACCUCCCAGAACUUGUAUCCCCAGAUCACAUUUGAUAACCCUCUCAUUGAGACGAUGCAUGUACCUGCUACCCGCCCCAAGCGCUCGGGAGCGCCCUCUCAGCUUGCAGGACCAUCAAAACGCGCCAAAAAGCAUUAG